CAUCACAUCAGAACUACAACGCGCUUUCAAUCUCCAUCUUCUGCCAAUAAACCACUCUCGAACCCUCGUUCUUCAGUCACCUGGAAUCUUCUUUCUCAGCUUUAGCAUUGCUAUCCUCUCCACAAUGAAGUCAUCAAUCUUGUCGUACGCCCUAAUGGCCGCGGGCUCUUGCCUAGCACAAGGCGAUAUCGCAGCACUCCUCAAAUCUCAACCUGAUCUCAGUACAUUGCUCGAGCUAGUCAGCAUCGUUCCGGGACUGGCGGACAAGCUUGCUGGGGCUUCCAACAUCACAAUUGUGGCCCCCACCAACGACGCCUUUGCGAAAGUACCGAGGGAGAUUCCCGAAGGAGAAGCUAUCGAGCAGCGCAACGACACGAUCGCAAUUGGAGCUCUGUUGUCAAACCAUGUCUUCAAGGGAGUUUAUCCUUCCGAUGUCAUCACUGAUACUCCUACUUUCGGUCAGACUCUGCUCGAUGACUCUUUUAUUAUUGCGAGACAGCCUUUCUCGAAUUUCACCGGUGGCGCGUACAACGGACUGGUGAGGAACGGCAAGGACGUUUGUAUUCUGUCUGGAGAACAGACGAUUUCUACUGUCACUGAAGCUGAUAUCAAAUUGGGCGAGGGCAUCACCAUCCACAAAAUCGACACAGUCCUAUCCUUCGGCGCGCCCCUCCAACUCUUCACCGCCCGAUCAGGCUACAACGCCUUCAACGCCGCAGUCGAAGCCGCCCACCUCAACAUCGCAUUUGGUCUAACUGGAGCCGACGACCAAGGACUCAACAUCUCUGACUACACCAUCUUCGUACCCACCGACGACGCGUUCAAGAACAUCGGCUCGGUCCUUGCCUCGGCGAACCAGAGCACUCUCCAGGAAGUGCUAAAGUACCACAUCAUCCCCAACAACGUCAUCUUCUCGACCGCGCUCGGAAACGUCACUGUUCCCUCUCUCCAGGGCGCGAACCUGACAUUCACCGUUCUACCGGAUGGCUCCGCCUGGGUGAACAACGCUAAAAUCACUUUCCCAAACUCCAUCUUGUACAACGGCAUUGCACAUGUCAUCGACAAUGUCAUCGCCCCAGGACCCUUCGACCGCGCCUCUCUCAAGCCUUCUGCGCCCGCAUCCGAACGCCUCGCUUUCCCCAGCGCGUCGCGCGUCGCUGAACUUCCCUUCUCGAGCGUCAGCUUUGGUUUCGAUCCUAUGCCCUACACUACUACUCCUGUCUUGCUGAAGACGAUUGCCGCGGUGCCGACUGGAUCUGCUAGUGCUACUACUACGCCAUCUGGUCAGCCUUCUCCUUCCCCCGCUGCUUUCCCUGGCGCGGGUGUAGCGGUGCUGCCUGGUAUGAUGGUUGCGCUUUCGGUGACGAUUGGUGCUGCUGCUGUACUCUUGUAAGGUAGUAGGAUUCUGAGCGGGGGCGUUGGCGAGGACGUUUUGUAAUGAGGAUGAGUAUGUCGAUGAUCUAGUAAUGAGAUGAAGUAGAAAUUGGUUUUUUAUCGUAGUAUAUAAUCGCAUUGCGUUUACCCUUGUCAUUUUAAACCUCACUCUUUACCUGCCAUGCACAUGUGUGUUUUAUGGAUUGGUUGAUGCAGCGGGCUGGAUCACGAGCAUCACCGGGCAUCUCUCAAAGCUAAAAAGAACAAAAAAACGUUUUCUU